AUGGGAGGUACCAAUUCGCAAAAGGAGCUUCUAAGCCUAAUCCGCGAUGUCUCUACAGAAAAAUCUCAAGGAGAGCGUAGGGUAGUAAACCUCAAGAAGCAAAUUGAAGAGCGCCAAUCGGAACUUGAUUCUGUGAAUUUAGAGCUCGAAGAAGCCAAGCGUUUGAAAGAAUGUACUGAACAAGAGCUUAAAGGCUACGAAGUUGAAUUGUCGAUGAAUGAAUCCUCAAUCCAAACUCUAGAGGGGCGGAUUUCUUUGAUUCAGGAUGAAAUAUCUUCAGUUGGAUCUGAUUUGGAGGCACUUAAGAAUGAAGAAGGGGCUUUACGGGAUGAUUUCAUCAAGAAAAUGUUUGACCUAAAUGCAAAGAUCAGAAAGUUUCAUCAGUCGGUAGAUUCUGUUAUCAAUGAAGCAUUCAGCAGCAAUACAGUAUCACAAAGUGUGAACAUUGAACAUGCUGAUACAAGAGAACUUGAAGAAGCCAACAGAUAUGUUGAAGAUAAGCUUGCUAAAAUACUCUCUGAAACCAAGAAAGCAGAAGAUGAAUUUCAAUCAGAACAAAAUUUUCACAUGCAGGAGCAAAAGGAGGUGGAUGAUUUGAAGUAUAGAAUAUCUUUGAUGGAAGCAGUAAUGGAAGGAAGUCAGGAGCUUCAAGAAUUAGCCAUAUAUCCUUGCUAA